AUGAUGUGGCUCACGCUGCUUUUGGCGUCGACGGUCGCCGCAGCGCCGCUGUCGCCCGGGGACACGGAAGCGUGCAAUCCGGACAAGAUGACCGUCUACCGGAUGGUCAUGCACACGUAUUGGACGCGGGAGAAAUUCCCGAAGCACUACCCCGAUUGGAAGCCGCCAGCCCAGUGGUCACGGGUGCACGGUGUAUCACACAACAGGCAGUACGUCUUAUUCAGAUUAGGGCGUCGGGUCUCACCAUCGGUUCGACAAUUCGCCGAGUUGGGGCGAUCGGAUUCCCUCACCUCUGGCCCAGGGACCUUCGAUGUGUUCGGCGCACCGGGCAUAGCACAGGGCUCCGGUCGCACGGAGGCACAGUUCUUCGUCGAUGGAAACCACUCGAGGGUAUCAGUAAUGGCGAAAAUGGUUCCCUCCCCGGACUGGUUCAUCGGGGUGGACAGCUUCGACCUGUGCGUGGAUGGCAACUGGCUUGACAGCAUCACAAUCGAAGUGGACCCACUGGACGCGGGGACAGACAACGGAUUCACGUUCACCGCACCAAACUGGCCAACCGCGCCCCAAGGUGUAGCGUACCGUAUAACGUCAAAGUACCCGUCCCACCCAGCCGGCUCGUUCUUCUACCCGCAUUUAAGAAGACUGCCGCCUAUAGCCACGUUCCAAUUCAUUAAACUCCGAGAAUACGAACUCUCCGAAGUGUUCCACCGGGAGAGUGACGACCGAAAAUACGACGUUCUACAAUUAGACAAGCUGAACCAUAAUAGCGUAGAUGUGUUGGACGGCAAUAGGGCGCUCUCUAUCGCUGAGGAAGUAGAGCGAGCCGAGCAAGCGCCGCGGAUCUACUCCGAGGGCUCUUUGACCACGCCGUAUGGAGCUUACUCAUACUAUUCUCUAACAAAUACGACAGUUAGCACCACGGAAGAGCCUCGUUCGGCCAACGAGUUGCCCACGGCUGGGCCCACUGCGAGUGAGAGGUCUGCGUUGAGGAGUCUCGCGCGCCGCUACAGAGCAAGAAGGCGACGCAAGCUCCGCGCUGAAAACACCGACCCGGCAGAGAGGAGAAAGCGGAAAAGAGCAAGGCUUCUGGACUGCCGCGUGUCGGACUGGGGCGAGUGGAGCGAGUGCCGCGGCGACGGCGGCUGCGUGGGUUCCGCGCUGAGGACCAGACGCGUCAUCCGCAGACAGCGGCCGGGCGGCGCGCCCUGCCCGCCCACGGCCCAGUCGCGGUGGUGCGCGACCAACUGCAGCACGCAGCGGGAAGACUGGCACAACAACCUGACA